AUGAAAGCGAUGCUUCAUACAUUGUAGAAGAGAGGAUCUAUGACUUUGAUGGAGCCGAUUAAUGAUGGAAUGGAUAAAGUGUAAGAGAAACAUCAGACAGUAUAAGGUUAUGUGGAUUAAGUUAAUUAAAAAACUGUUAUAGCGAUAGAAAGAGAAGAAGAAAGAGUGAAUCAGAGAUAUUUUCAUUUGAUGAACUAAUUGGAAAGAUUAAUGUUCUAGAUCUAAAAGCUUGAGGAAAAGAAGCAAUAACAAAAAGAUCUUGAUAACCAUCCGGCAGUGAAGGAAAUGGUUUAUGAAUUGCAUAAAUUACAAAAGUAUUAAAAGGCCUUAUCGGAUAACCAUGCAAAAAUGGUGGAAUAGAUUAAACUAAACAAUUUAACAAUACAGUAGUUGAAAUAAACAGUAUAUUAAAAACGAGUUGAAAUAAGAGAUGUUGUAAGAGAUUCAUUCAGAUUACAGGAUGAAAUAUAGAAGUCAAGGUAAGAAAAAAGAGCAAUUUCGAUUGUUAGGGAUAGUGCUGAUAUGUUUCUCACCAUGCCUGCAACUAACAUACCCAAACCUUCUCAUCUGCCCAACAUCCCAUUAAAACAUAAAUCAAAGAGUACUUUGUUACAUAUAAUGAGAAAUGCUCAAUCCCCCAAUCAAUAAGAGAAAAUCAACGAUAUAGUGUUUGUGUAUAAUCAGGUGCAACAAUUAAGAAAGAAAGCAGCAUAAUCCACCUUGAUAAUAUAGUAAGUCACAAAUAAGUAUUGCUAAAUAAAAAAGCUAAUGAGUGAAUGUGCUAUGAUUUCGAUCUAGAACUUCAAAAAUAGAUAAAAGAUAACCAAUAAAAAUGGUUAUGCAAAUUCUAUAUAUUUUGAUAUGAGUACACUCAAUAUAAGCAAGAAUGAAAGCAGUAUCAUAAAGGAGAGAAAAAUAUAAAAUAUUUUAUAUGAUACAUUAUAGUAAAUAAUGAUUGAUCUAAUUGAUUCACGAUAGAAGACUGAUUUGAAUGGAUCAUCUAUUGCAGAUUCAAUAAUACGAAAUUCUGUAUCUUAGGAAUAAUUUAUGCAAUUUACAUCUGUGUAGAUCUUAGGAUUGCUGGCAUUACAGCCAAGAUUGUUGACAGAACUGGUGGGGGUAUUCGAAUUGAAGUAGAAACAGAUAGGAUUACUAUGUAAUAAGACGAGACAAUUUUAUAAGCAUUUGGGCUUACAAUGA